AUGGCUCAGAAUCAAGCUGGUAAUAUUGGUGUUGUAGGAGUUGCGGAACUAGAGGCACUAGUUGAGCAACCAGCACAAAGAAGUUUGAGAGAUUAUGUGCUACCUACUGUCACAGGGGCACAAUCAUGUAUUAGACCUCCAGCAAUUGAUGCCAAUAACUUUGAGAUCAAGCCUGUCAUUCUGCAAAAGGUACAAGCAUCAGUUCAGUUUGAGGAAUUACCAACGGAAGGUCCAAACUUACAUUUGGCAAAUUUCUUAGAGUUAUGCACCACAUUUAAAAUGAACGGAGUAACAAAUGAUGCAGUAACGUUGAGUACUACUAGCAUAAUCAUUGAUGCAGCGUCUGGAGGAGCGUUUAUGAGUAAGAGCGCUAAUGAGGCUUAUGAUCUGUUGGAAAAAAUGGCUAUGAAUAACUAUCAAUGGCUAUCAGAAAGAGAAACCACUAAGAAGGUGGGUGGAGUGUAUGAAUUGGAAGCCAUCUCGAUGUUGUCAGCUCAAGUUGCAACAUUGACCAAACAGCUAUAG